CCUGAAGAGAGCCCAAUAACACACCAGGAGGAACCUCGGUGACUUCGUCGAAUAUGAGCUGCUAGAAUAAAAAGGCCUCAACAUGGACCUGUGUAAAGUGGCUUUCCUCCUGGCAACCCUGAUCUGCACUGUAUACCUCCAGGAGUGUGUUAAUGGAAUAGGAACAGAUUACAGAGGAACAAAAAGCCAAUCAAAAACAGGAAAGAUCUGCCAGAGAUGGGACGCUAAAUACCCGCACAGGCACAACUUCACACCGAGUGAGCAUCCCAGAGCAGAUUUAGAGUCAAACUUCUGCAGAAACCCGGAAGGACACAGCGGCGGACCCUGGUGCUACACCACCGACUCCAACACCCGCUGGGAAAGCUGCGACGUGGCCAGCUGCACCGUAUUCGUCCAGGAGUGUGUUAAUGGAAUAGGAACAGAUUACAGAGGAACAAAAUGCGAAUCAAAAACAGGAAAGAUCUGCCAGAGAUGGGACGCUAAAUACCCGCACAGGCACACCUUCACACCGAGUGAGCGUCCCAGAGCAGAUUUAGAGUCAAACUUCUGCAGAAACCCAGAAGGACACAGCGGCGGACCCUGGUGCUACACCACCGACUCCAACACCCGCUGGGAAAGCUGCGACGUGGCCAGCUGCACCGUAUUCGUCCAGGAGUGUGUUAAUGGAAUAGGAACAGAUUACAGAGGAACAAAAUGCGAAUCAAAAACAGGAAAGAUCUGCCAGAGAUGGGACGCUAAAUACCCGCACAGGCACACCUUCACACCGAGUGAGCAUCCCAGAGCAGAUUUAGAGUCAAACUUCUGCAGAAACCCGGAAGGACACAGAGGCGGACCCUGGUGCUACACCACCGACUCCAACACCCGCUGGGAAAGCUGCGACGUGGCCAGCUGCACCGUAUUCGUCCAGGAGUGUGUUAAUGGAAUAGGAACAGAUUACAGAGGAACAAAAAGCGAAUCACAAACAGGAAAGAUCUGCCAGAGAUGGGACGUUAAAUACCCGCACAGGCACAACUUCACACCGAGUGAGCGUCCCAGAGCAGAUUUAGAUUCAAACUUCUGCAGAAACCCGGACGGACACAGCGGCGGACCCUGGUGCUACACCACCGACUCCAACAACCCCGAGCAACUCCACCCAACCUGCAACCCUCUGGUCCCCACCCCGGCCCCUGCACAGAAAGCUAUGAAUUGUGGGACGCCGGUGAUCAAACCGAAGCGUUGUUUUGGUCGGAUCGUGGGCGGCUGCGUGUCUAAAGCUCACUCCUGGCCGUGGCAGAUCAGUCUCCGGAGAGUGAUUGCAGGAGGUCAUUUCUGUGGAGGAACUCUGGUCCACCCUCAGUGGGUUCUGACUGCUGCUCACUGCCUGGAGAGGUCAAAGGACCCUUCAGCCUAUAAGGUGCUGCUGGGCGUUCACACAAAGCGAGCCAACGAGGCGUCCAAACAGAUCCGUUGGCUGGAGAAACUGAUCCCCGGACCCAACAGAGCGAACAUCGCUCUGCUGAAGCUGCAGACGCCUGCAAUAAUAAAUGACAAAGUGCUGCCGGUGUGUCUGCCAGAGAAGGACUUUGUCGUUCCCAGUGGAACCGAGUGCUAUGUGACCGGAUGGGGAGCAACUCAAGUUUCAGGGACAGGGGGUGAGGGCAUUCUGAAGGAAACGGGUUUCCCUGUGAUCGAGAACAAGAUCUGUAACCGUCCCUCGUACCUGAACGGUCGAGUCAAUGAUCACGAGAUGUGUGCCGGAAACAUCGAGGGGGGGACUGACAGCUGCCAGGGCGACAGCGGCGGCCCCCUGGUGUGUCACUCUCAGAACCGGUACGUCCUGCAGGGCGUCACCUCCUGGGGUCUCGGCUGCGCCAACGCCAUGAAGCCCGGCGUCUACGCCCGAGUCUCCAAGUUUGUGGACUGGAUCGACACAACCAUCAAAGCCAACUAAAGAACAUCCAGCAAAUACUGAACAACAACAACAGCAUCGGUCGCACAAAAAGUGACUUUUCAUCGUGCUUUUUGAAGAUACUUUAACAUGUUCGUACUGUUCUGCUCCAACAGAGUUUGUAGUCGGGGGUUAUCGGUUAUAAAAGACGUGUUUUAUUUCCUGUGGUGGAAAAAAUAUAAUAAGCAAAGGAUGGGAUGUGAAGCUGUGAUUCUGUGUAAGAGCUGAACAAUAAAACCUAAUACAAAGGGAAUUGUUAAAUCAUGGUUUAUAGAUAGUUAAAUAAAACAAAAACUGUU